ACAAGUGCAUCUGCGGUCACACUCACAAACGACGCAAGCGAAAGACGCGACGCGCAUAAGUGCAACACCCCCUCCAAAAUUUACAGUGCAAAGUGUUUAGGUACCGAGAUCCGGGUCUUCUCCGUUAAAGUUUUUGCAUCGUACGUUAUGGACAGUUCCAGCUUGGAAACACCACUAGCGUUGAACCAGGAGGAAUCUAUCGAGCAAGAAGCAACUACAGCUGCAAUUACCGAUCCGGAACGGGAAUCCACCGGCGCCGGUGGUGACGACGAAGACGAAGAGGGUGAGGUGUUGGAAAAGCUGAAUGGCGAUCGGAUCGGCGAAACGAUGUACAGCGAGCGGUUCGUGUUGACGACGAUUCUGAAGCUUCCGCAGCUGGAAGGGAACUUGGCCGAGGACGAAGAUUAUGAGAAGGAUUUGUGUAGCCUGUGGGACAUGACCAUAGAAAAGGAUGUGGUGCUGUUCCUGUUGAAGCACGACGUGGUGGAGCUGUUUGUGGGAAUAUCGGAGGCCUCGGAGGAUAAUCGGCUGGUGGAGAUUCUGCUGGGCAUUGUGGGGAAUAUGUGCUGCGUGGAAGAGACGCAUCGAGUGCUGUAUGAGAACAAGUCACUGUUGGUGAGUUUGUGCGGAUUCUUGAGUUCGAGUGACACAUUGAUUCUAGUACAGCUGAUGAGGAUUUUAACGACGAUUUUGGAGCGUUCGGAUGAUGAGGAGUACUGUUGGUUCAAGGUGAUCCGUGAGGUUGAGGACAUCACGGAAACGAUAGCAUUUAUAUUGGGCAGUACAACCAAUAGGGAGCUGAUUGAGCAUACAUUGGAGGCGGUGCAUGCGAUGGUCAACCGCUUUACGGAGGCAGAAGUUGAUUACGCUCAGCUGAAUGAGUUCUACCGGAUGUUUGCGAAAACAUGCUUGAUCGAGGGAUUGAUGGAGGGAUUCAAACAGAUGUUCCCCGAAACGUCGUCUGAUAAUCAGUUCGAGGAGGACUUCUUGUCUAACAAAGAUCUGAAAACAAUUCAGAAAUUUUUGGAAAUCCAUGAAAAUUUCAUCAUCAACGCCAACGAAGUGUACGAGGAUCAGAUCGAGAAGAUUGUUUACUGCGUCUACAGGGUGUUGGUGCCGAUGAGCACAGAAGGUUGUCUGAUACCACUGUCCAAGGCACACGUUCGGAUUCUUGUUUGCAUCAACAGCAUUUACAGCGCGAUCGUGUAUCAUUUCCACGCCGGAACAUUCCUAGCCAUGUUGAAGAUUUUCACGAUUCUAGCCAAGGAGCAAGAGACCUUGCAAAAUCCAGGGCAAGAACAAAAGCCCCAUCAACCGAUGGACGAGGAAAACGAUGAAAAUGACGGAGAGUUCGAAAUCCAAACGGCACUCGGGGAGAUUUUGGAGACCCUGUACUUUAUGGCCGAACCGAUGCCCAGCCUAACGAUUGCCAACGCUCUGAAACUCAGCAGUUCAUUCAACGAGGAAACCAUUGAGCGGCUUUGUGCGGCAAUAAAGGAAACUAUGGCCGGAGAUCCACUGCUAAAAAGGACCUGUGAUUUGCUGAUGGAGAGUGCCCGGGUUGCGUGGAAUGUCGAGGAUAAAAGUCGAUCUUAAGAAUUGCGUGUAGGUUUUAUUUCAUGAAAUCGAUAUUAAAUGUAAAGAUUAAAUUGAA